UGAGGCCCUGUCACUGAACUCCAUCUCUUAUCUCAGAAGUUGAAGGUCCCCCAUCCCAGAGCCAGCUGCAAAGUUCCCAGAGCUUGAAUAACACCACAGUCAACUGAAGAGUGGGCUGCCCUGAAUCAGCAGCUUCAGACACCACGGCCGGGGCUUGGAGCAGGACCAGGAGCAGGAAAAUGGGAGCCAUGCCGUCCAGAUGCCUGUAUCUGUUAUGUCUCUUCACAUGCAAACUAUCCCCGGAAGUUGCUGCAGAAGUUCAGGAAUCCUCAGAUGGUCCCGGCGCCCGGGAACCCGUGCGGCUCACAGAUGUCCAAGCCGCCAUGGAAUUCGUCGCUGCUGCUGAGGUGGCUGUCAUAGGCUUCUUCCAGGAUUUAGAAGUACCAGCAGUGUCCCUAUUCCACAGUGUGGUGAAAAAUUUCCAAGAUGUGUCAUUUGGAAUCAGCACUGCCUCCGAGGUUCUGGCCCACUACAGUGUUACUGGGAACACCAUUUCCCUCUUUCGUCUGGUGGAUAACAAACAACUGGAUUUAAAGAGUGAAGACAUUGAAAGCAUGGAUGCUACCAAGUUAAGCCAUUUCAUUCAGAGCAACAACCUCCACUUGGUGACAGAGUAUAACCCUAUGGCUGUAAUUGGCCUAUUUAAUAGUAUGAUUCCAAUUCAUCUUCUACUGAUGAUGAACAAGGCCUCCCCAGAGUAUGAAGAAAGCUUGCACAGAUACAAGGAAGCAGCUAAGCUCUUCCAGGGGAAGAUUCUUUUUAUUCUGGUGGACACUGGUGUGAAGCAAAAUGGGAAGGUGAUAUCAUUUUUCAAACUGAAGAAGUCUCAGCUGCCUGCAUUGGCAAUUUACCAGACUCUGGAUGAUGUGUGGGAUACACUGCCCAUAACGGAAGUCUCAGUAGAGCACGUGCAAAACUUUUGUGAUGGAUUCCUGAAAGGGAAGAGGUUGAGAGAAAAUCAUGAAUCAGAAGAAAAGACGUCAAAGAUGGAACUCUGAUUUCUCCCUGCUUCUUCUGCGUAGAACCAGCCUGAAUGGACUCAGACAUGCGGGAAGAGUGCU